CAUAGGCAGACGACAAGAUUCCCCACCGAUGAUGAUUUUAGUUCUACUUUCGAAGGCAGCCCGUGUCUGACUUCAUUAUCCAAGCUUCCUAGUUAUUGCUUGCUCUCGGCUAGUUUUGAUGAACUAGCUCGAGCAUUGAUGUUGCAGUUUAGACCUGCACAUUCUGAUUAUUACAAUCAACUAUUGCCGCUUAGCAAAUUUUGUGGAAUGCGACCCCUUAUCUAAAUCUAUCCUACUCUCCCGCUGGACCUAUCAACUUCUACCAGCCUUUCCUCCAGCCGCCGCUCUCUUCCAGGACGCAAUGGAUUACCGCUCUACGAUAGCCGAUGAUGAGCACCCCGCAGGCGCUUCCCCUUGGGAUUCAUCAUCGCCCGCGGCCUCACCGCGCCGCAACGAAUCUACCUUCAGCUCUAUAGGCAACGAACCACCGCCGUCUUUACCAUAUCAAUAUACAGCCAACGACUCGAGCAAUGGAUUCGCGCAUGAUGACCCAGGCGCUAACGCUUUCGGACGACCAGGCACGGCCAGUAGCACGGCUUCUACAUCGGCAUAUGAUCCCUCAGAGCAGUCAGCGCCCUCGGAAGGACAACAGGAACAGCCUGCCGAAGCCGACGCGAAGCAACCUCAGCCUCAACCUCAACCGAGCACGCCGCCGAAAUCGCAACCACAAGUAAGGUCAAGAGGCCCUCAGUACAAGUUGCAAGCAAAGAUCACAGGAUUGGAGCGCACGGGUCGCAAAGAUCCUAUCUUGAGGUUUGACGUACAUACGAAUAUCCCCAAGUUCCGAACUACCCAAUUCCGCGAUGUCCGCCGUUUACAUUCCGAGUUUGUUAAACUCGCCGAACAUCUCAUAUCUGCCAACCCCGAUGCCCUAGUCCCGGCUGUGCCGCCUUCGGUUACAUCGGCAGGCGCCGGAACCGAUGAAGACGAGUCGAGGGUAAAAGCUCUCAUGCAGAGAUGGUUCAACUACGUGUGUAGUAAUGAGGUUCUUAUGAGGGAUGACGAAAUGGUUUUGUUUGUGGAAAGUGAUUUCGGGUAUAGUCCCAUGGUCAAGAAGAAGCAGCCAGCAACGGGUGUGCGGAGGAAAGUAUUGAAGCAAUUUGCACCACCCCCCGACGACACACCGGAGCUAGCAGAAGCACGACCAAUAGUGAAGCUAUUCUAUUUAGGCUCGAUGGAUGCGGGACACAAGGUUGACAAACUCGUCAAGUCCCGUAGAGGCCUAGGAUUAUCAGAGUCCGAUUUCGGCGUCAAAAUUGGUGCAAUGCACAUUCAGGAGCCGCAUCAAGGUCUGGCAAACGCAUAUCGGAAACUCGGCAAGAUCGUACAGACAGUGGGCGACUACCAUGCAGCCCAAGCGACUGCCGAAGCCACAACUCUUAGUGACCCGUUUCAAUAUCACUCGCAGGAUGCCUUCAUCGUCAAGGAGACGCUGACGAAUAGGCAACUACUCAUUCGCGAAUUCCUACAAGCUCAGGAGACUACGAGGACCAAGCUUAACGCUGCAGACAGGCUAAGAGCCAGCAACACCGUGCGACGGGAUAAGGUAGAUGAGGCCAUCACCGCUCUAGACGAAGCGAGAAAUGUCGAGCUAGAGCUAGCGCAGAAGACAUCAAGGGUAACGCAGACGCUAGUGCAGGAGCGUCGUAAGUGGUUUGCAAGAACCGCCGCGGAUCUGCGCCUGAGCAUCCGCGAGUUCGUGACUCGCGAGAUCGAGGCGGAGCGGCGCACCCUCGCGCUCCUGGAGAGCGUUCGGCCCGACAUCAGAGCCAUCGACGCCUCAGGCGGCCUAAGCAGACUAGGGCGCGAGGCUCACCCAACAAUCCGCCGUUCCAGCCUUGCAGCAAGCCAGGGACCCAAGGGCGACUCUUGGAGCGGCGUGCCCCGGCGCACGGAUAAUAGGAGUAUGUCGGGUAGCUUCAUGUCCAACGUGGCCGAGGACGACGGAGAGAACGCACAGCGCCCGGGGUCGAGGGCGCUCAGCGGCACCACCAUUAAUCCGAGCCUGGUCGGCCUUACAGAGGAGGAUGAUGAGGACCGCGUGGAUGCCAGAAAUGCUGCGAGUCGGUUGGCAACGAGCACAUUCUAAGACAUCGGCACAAACGAAACUGACUUAUCGAGGAGACGGGUUACUAAUAAAAACCGGAAUUGCCCCCUUUCUCCCCACCGCAACGAAGAAAAACUUUUGUCGUCGUAUACCUAUGUAGCCAUUGUAUGUAUGUACGUGGGACGUUCUCCCAUAACCCUU